AUGAAGUCUACUCUCGCCCUCGCGCUCCUCGCUGCCACGGCCAGCCCCUCGCGGGACAACUGUGCCAGGGCCGCCACCGGGGCCCGGGGAGGAAACCUGUCGUCGCGGCUGGCCGCCUGCCCGUCGUACCAGCGAUGCACCGUCAUCCCGCUGACGAGGACCAUCCCCACCACCGCUACAAUCACGCCCGCCGCCGUCACUGCGACCCCGGUCGUCGUGAUCGGCCAGACGACGACAGUGCCCGUCGCCCUCGUGCAGCGCCGAGAGGCAGCUCAGGCUUUGGUUGCCGACUCGGCCGGAGCGGCCGAUCUCGCCCAGCGCCAGGCCUCCCCCGUGGCCACGACCAUCUGCCCCACGGCCAUACCGGCCGACCCGGCCAAGUACCGCACCCCGACGUCGAGGUACGCCAGCACCUGCGCCUGCGCCGGCAUCAGCAAGUCGUACACCACCUUGGCCUCGCCCUCGACCACCCGCACUAUGUCGGCCACGCUCGUGCCUUCGACCGCAACCGUGUCUGUCACGACCACCACCACCACUUCCACGACGCAGAUUGUGGCCACCGAAACUGCUCGCCUGUUUUACAUCACCCUUCAGGCGCCUGUUUACAACGAGUUUUUUGGUUCCGUUCUAUCUGCGUCUGAGGACGACAACCAUCUCUAUUUUGCCCCUGGCAUUGAUCGAUCUGAGCUCUUCCUCAACAGCGACAACAUCCUGGUCGAUUUCCGCAGCGGCGGGUUUCCAGCUUACCAGAGUAACACCUGGCAAUACUAUACCCGUCAGAUGCGCCAUAGUGAGCGGCGAGCUACAAUGCAACGCAGGGCGCGGCCGGACGACGAGGGUACUUUGUAA